AUGCCGGUCAGGAGGCAAGACACGCAGCGCGCCCUGCGGCUCCUGGAGGACUACCGCGCCAAGCUGAGCCCGCGGGGGGACCGGCAGCUGCGCAGCUCGGUGGAGCGGGUGAUCGGCAUCUUCCGCAGCAGCCUCUUCCAGGCCCUGCUCGACAUCCAGGAGUUCUACGAGGCGGCCCUCCUGGAGAACCCCAAGAGUGCGGACCCUCCUCCGAAGCCCGCUGGAGCUGCCCAGCCCGGGAGCACCUGGGACGUCCCCCGUCCGCCCAGCACCGGCCCGACUUCGGAGACCUCGCCCAGUAGCCGGACUGCCGACACCCAGAAAUUCGGCUCCCAAGAUGAAGACUCUUUUCCCUCGGAGCCCAGCAGCUUCCCUCAGGCUCCCGCUCAGGGCGCAGGGAUGCCGGCUCCGGAGCUGGUGCACGUGUCCCAGAGGAGCCUCUCGCAGCUGGAGAGCGUCCGUGGCUUCGUUGGCCACUCGCACAUUUCGCCAGCCAAGACGCCAGAAGCUGCUGCUGCUCCUCCUCCUCCUCCUCCUGUCUCUCCUCUGCCGGUUCCUGCCGAGGCUUCACUCAUCCCAUCUUCCAUCUCUCAGGCAAAUCCCCCUCCAGUCGUGGUAAACACAGAAACUCCGGAGACACCAACUUACGUCAAUGGCACUGAUGCAGAGUAUGAAUAUGAAGAAAUUAUGCUGGAAAGGGGCAAUUCCGGACUGGGCUUCAGCAUCGCAGGCGGUACUGACAACCCGCACGUGGAGGACGACUCGGGGGUGUUCAUCACAAAGAUUAUCCCAGGAGGGGCGGCUGCCCAAGACGGGAGGCUACGAGUGAAUGACUGCAUUUUGCGUGUGAACGAGGUGGACGUCCGCGAUGUGACCCACGGCAGAGCGGUGGAGGCCUUGAAGGAGGCGGGCUCCGUGGUCCGUCUGUACGUCAAGAGGAGGAGGCAGACCACGGAAAGGGUGGUGGACAUAAAACUGGUGAAGGGGCCCAAAGGUCUCGGGUUCAGCAUCGCCGGGGGUGUCGGCAACCAGCACAUCCCCGGGGACAACAGCAUCUAUGUCACCAAAAUCAUCGAAGGUGGGGCUGCACAUAAGGACGGACGGCUCCAGAUCGGAGACAAGUUGAUGGCUGUGAACAGUGUUUGCUUAGAAGAAGUGACCCACGAAGAAGCAGUGGCUGCUUUAAAGAACACGUCUGAUUUUGUCUACCUGAAACUUGCAAAGCCCACCAGCAUGUUCAUAAAUGAUGCUUACGUACCUCCUGAGAUGACUGGCUCUUACUCUCAGCCUGCGGAGAACCACGUCACCCCGUCAGGCUACCUGGGCCAGCCUUUGCCACCAGCCUCCCCGGAGAGAUACUCACCUGCUCCUAAGGCAGUGCUGGGAGAAGACAAGACCCCCAGGGAGCCACGGAAGCUGGUGCUGCAUCGGGGCUCCACGGGGCUUGGCUUCAACAUCGUGGGGGGAGAGGAUGGGGAGGGGAUUUUCGUCUCCUUCAUCCUUGCCGGUGGGCCUGCAGACCUCAGCGGGGAGCUCAGGAAGGGAGACCGCAUCAUUUCGGUAAAUGGUGUGGACCUCAAAGCCGCAACCCACGAAGAGGCAGCUGCUGCCCUGAAAAACGCCGGUCAGUCGGUCACUAUCGUAGCUCAGUAUCGUCCCGAAGAAUACGGCCGUUUUGAAGCCAAAAUACACGACUUGAGAGAGCAGAUGAUGAGCAGCAGCGUCAGCUCAGGGUCCGGCUCUCUGCGGACGAGCCAGAAGCGGUCCCUCUACGUCAGGGCCCUCUUCGACUACGACAAGACCAAAGACAGCGGUCUCCCCAGCCAAGGGCUGAACUUUUGCUUUGGCAACAUUCUCCACGUCAUUAACGCGUCGGACGAUGAAUGGUGGCAGGCACGGCUGGUGAUGCCAGGCGGGGAGAGUGACCAGGUUGGCGUCAUUCCCAGCAAACGCAGAGUGGAGAAGAAAGAACGCGCACGGUUGAAGACGGUGAAGUUUAAUUCUAAAGCAAGAGGCGACAAAGGGCAGUCAUUCAAUGACAAGCGUAAAAAGAACCUCUUUUCCCGAAAAUUUCCCUUCUACAAGAACAAGGACCCGAGUGAGGCCGAGACCAGUGAUGUUGACCAGCAUGUGACUUCCAACGCCAGCGACAGUGAAAGCAGUUACCGUGGCCAGGAAGAGUACGUCUUGUCUUACGAACCGGUCACACAGCAGGAAGUCAGCUACACGCGUCCUGUGAUUGUCUUGGGUCCCAUGAAAGACCGCAUCAACGACGACCUCAUCUCGGAAUUUCCUGACAAGUUUGGCUCUUGCGUCCCACAUACGACCCGGCCGAAACGAGAUUACGAGGUGGAUGGGCGAGAUUACCACUUUGUGAUGUCGCGAGAACAAAUGGAGAAAGACAUCCAGGAUCACCGAUUCAUUGAAGCCGGCCAGUACAACAACCACCUGUACGGGACGAGCGUCCGGUCCGUGAGGGAGGUGGCCGAGAAGGGCAAGCACUGCAUCCUUGACGUUUCUGGGAACGCCAUCAAGAGGCUCCAGAGUGCCCAGCUGCACCCGGUCUCCAUCUUCGUCAAGCCCAAGUCCGUGGAGAACAUCAUGGAAAUGAAUAAGCGAUUAACGGAUGAGCAAGCUCGAAAAACCUUUGAACGGGCCAUGAAGCUGGAGCAAGAGUUUACAGAACAUUUCACAGCCAUUGUGCAAGGCGACACAUUGGAAGAGAUUUACAAUCAUGUCAAGCAAGUCAUUGAGGAUCACUCCAGCCCCGUCAUUUGGGUGCUGGCCAAGGAGAAGCUCUGAGGGUCCCCCAAUUCCAGGGGUCGGCCUCCUCCACCGCCAGCCUUCCUGCCGGCCGGCACUCCCUCCUCGGGGCUCCCCUGCGACGUACAAGGCCUCUCUUUGCUUUCAGCUGCUGGUCGAGGGCUCUCUUCUCUCAAGAACCGGGAGACUCUUUCCACCCCUGUGGAUCGAAAUGGAGAAUAAUGCGGUUAAAAUUCCUUAAUGUUUAAGGGAAAGUAUCCUUCAGAGACUCUGAGAAAACAAAGCUUUUUAACGAUUUUGUAACAAGAUGAAAGAAAAGUGGUCUUAAUGUAAAUUGUGAGCAGUUUUGCACGUUUGAAUUUGCUAGCAUGGUUUCCUUCAAGAGAUUUGGGUUCAAAUUAUAAUUUCGCAGUUUCUGCCACAAAUAUAUAUUUUUUCUCUUAGUUUAAUAAAAACCUUUUUAAAAAAAUCAAAGCUAAUGUAUUCUUAAAUGGCAUUAUUUGAGAAGGAAAAACUAAUUUUCAUAAUUUCAUAAGAAAAUCUUUAUAGCCUCAUUAUUAUUUUUCUUGUUGCUCUUACAGGGUGAAAUGUCCUCCUGUUUUUAAACUAGAUCCUACAAAACUACUUGGAAUGUCUUCAGAUCAUAAUAGAUAACUGCAUUUUUAAAUUUUAGGUGCUUAAAAACCUUGGACUUCGCUUAAGAAUUAUGGAUUUUGCUUUGAAAAUAUUAUAAAGGCAAUUAUAUGGUUAUAAAUUCUCAAUAUCUAUAAAUAUAAAUAUAUUCUUAGCCAGAUUUUAAUGAAUAUUUUACUCAUAAUAAUUGCUUAUUUUGUUAUAAUGAAACUAUAUAUCUAUAUACACACACACAU